AAAGUGCCAGAGCCACCUCGUGCCGACCCCCUAUUGAUUCGAAUCUGCAAUUAUAGUAUAUUUAUCAAUAAAUCGCUGGAAAGUCGAAGUAAAUUGAGUGUAUAUGCUACUUCCUACAAGUCAAUAAUCAUUGAAACGAAGACGGAUAUAGGAAUAUUACAGAGUUACAAUAUUGAUGCUCUUCUGCUGAAAGUCUGUUGUUUGCUGGCGAUUUCACUUCUUUUCAGUCCCGAUAUAUUCGACCUAAGUGAAAGCACUCACGUGUAUGCUGUCCCAUCUCUCUCAGAA